AAAACAUUUUGGAAACUCACUACUUAUUAUGGUGGUCAACCGAGUCGACUGAUGCAAUCCUCCUACUCGCGUUUCUCUCCCAUAACUGGCGAUCUAAUUGUUUGAAAUAGACUAACGUCAUUGUAAUGGUAAUUAAAAUACAGCAAUAAAUGUAAUUGUUUACUUUUUUUGCAAGUUUUCGGGCGUUUUCCAAUAUUUCUUUUUCCGCCUCGCUGCUUUAUUUACCAAUUUGAGCGGGCAUACGGUUGACGUCAGAGAGCGAUAAGCCUUUUGAAAAGGACAUACAAGAAACGCGUUUUAUAUAUAUAUAUAUAUAUAUAUAUUAAGCAUUCUUGUGUGUUUAAAUGCACAGCGCAGCUCGUGUGCGUAAUUUUAGUCUUGUGUUUUCAUUCAUUAUUUUCGUACGACACACAGUUACGAGUAAAUGAACCUUAACAGACACCCUCGACUGUAGGAUUCCACACUUCUCUAACAGGAUUGACGUACUAAAUCGUGCAGUUUUGUGAAACACCAUUGGCGUAACAGACAGUUACCACGAACAUUUCAUGUUCAUGAGUACUAAACUUAAAAUCAAACAGGGGUUUUGCAUGUUCAUGAAUAUUGAACUUAAAAUCAAACAAUCUUUUUGUUAGAAAAUUUGGGGCGUUUUCUGUUACAACUCCCUUAUAUUAGUUUAGAAAAUUACGACGCUUCAUGUAAACAGUGAAAGCAACAUUGGCAACCGUCGUCGGAGCGAGCCACGUAGCUAGCUGCUAUUUAUUCUGUCGGUGACAGACGCUUCAAACUAGCCCAGUGGCUUGUUAAAUAGCGUAAGUAUAGCUUUUUUUCCCCAUUUGUUUAAAGACUCGAACAAUUUAAUUUGACAUUCCUUCGUUUUUCGGAAGCAUUUCCAUGGCAUAAAAGUGACUCAUCCUUCCGGUGAAUAUUGCCAUGUCGGAGAGUCGGUCGGUACCACGCGUGUGUUGCAUCAGCCACGAUAUUUGGACUUAUAACGAGCAAAUUAUUGGGCAAUUGGAGUAGAAAAGAUCAGAAUGGUGCCCUGCGAUUGGCUGGCAACCAGUUCAGGGUGUACCCUGCCUCCUGCCCGUUGAUAGCUGGGAUAGGCGCCAGCACCCCCGCGACCCUUGUGAGGAUAAGCGGCUCAGAGAAUGGAUGGAUGGAUGGAUGAAGAUCAGAAUGGCUGUUUCAUCGUUAGUAACAAUUGCCACCACUCAGUCAGGUGUCUCGACGUGGUCAAGUGAAGGGUGUGGGACUUGCCUUCGUUGAUGUGAAAGCCAACUGAUGAAUUACUGGGAGCCAAGCUGCAAAAUACUGUGACCUGCCUUAUCCUGUUCUGUCCGCCCAAGCAAAAACGCCCACGCCGACGGACCAAUCAUCGACGACCUCACCUUCGCCAUCUGCGCAAAGUUUCUUCGGUUCCACGCCUCACGUCAAUCACAUCCCGCACUCGAGAGGGAUCAAGGCACAUAGCACCCACGUGUUUUCACAGCAAACAUGGCUAGCAAGCUGUCCCAAUUCGGCAACAAGCUGCUGCGUCGCCGCACGCUGGACUUCUCCGGGGAGGAGACGCGAUUCGCCCGCUGCCUGUCCACCCUGGACCUCAUCGCCUUGGGGGUGGGCUCCACGCUGGGCGCCGGUGUCUACGUCCUCGCCGGCGAGGUGGCCCGCGAGAAAGCUGGACCCGCCAUCAUCCUCUGCUUCCUUAUAGCCGCGCUGUCCUCCAUGUUGGCGGGCCUUUGCUAUGCCGAGUUCGGAGCCCGCGUGCCCAAGACGGGCUCUGCGUACCUCUACAGCUACGUGACGGUGGGAGAGAUCUGGGCCUUCAUCACGGGCUGGAACCUCAUCCUUUCGUACGUGAUUGGCACUGCAAGUGUGGCUCGUGCAUGGAGCUCCACUUUCGACAACCUCGUGGAGCAGAAGAUCUCGGUCUUCUUCAAAGCCUCCAUGACAAUGAAGGUGCCUGGCAAAGUGUUGGCAGAGUACCCUGACCUGUUUGCCCUCAUUCUGGUGCUCCUGCUCACCGGACUCCUGGCCUUCGGCGUGAGCGAGUCGGCGCUGGUCAACAAGAUCUUCACCGGCAUCAAUUUGGUGGUCCUGGGCUUCGUUAUCAUCUCGGGUUUCGUGAAGGGCGACACGGCCAACUGGAACCUCACGCUGGACAACUACACCAGUUUCCUGAACCACAGCAACAGCAGCAAGUCAGUAGUUUACGGUCUUAAAUUGUCUUGUUUCCAGCCUUUGAUUGUGAUGCCAACUGUGCUUUUCUCUAUGUCCUUUAGCGUUGAGAAAGCAUUUGGGACAGGGGGUUUUGCUCCGUUUGGCCUUGCCGGCGUCCUGUCUGGUGCGGCCACCUGCUUCUACGCCUUUGUGGGCUUUGACUGCAUCGCCACCACAAGCGAGGAGGCCAAGAAUCCCAUGCGUUCCAUCCCUGUCGGCAUCGUGGCCUCCCUGCUCAUCUGCUUCUUUGCCUACUUCGGCGUGUCCGCCGCGCUCACCCUGAUGAUGCCCUACUACCAGCUGAACACCCAGAGCCCUCUGCCCGAGGCGUUCACCCACGUGGGCUGGGCCCCAGCCCGCUACAUCGUGGCCGUGGGCUCGCUCUGCGCGCUCUCCACCAGCCUCCUCGGCUCCAUGUUCCCCAUGCCCCGCGUCAUCUACGCCAUGGCGGAGGACGGGCUCUUGUUCCGUGCGCUGUCCAGGAUGAACAAUCGCACCAAGACGCCUUUGCUGGCCACCAUUGCUUCUGGCAUUGUCGCAGCUCUGAUGGCCUUCCUGUUUGACCUCGGAGCUCUGGUCGACCUCAUGUCCAUCGGAACCCUGUUGGCGUAUUCGCUGGUAGCCAUCUGUGUCCUCAUCCUCAGAUACCAGCCAGGCACAUUGCCCUCAUCCAGCCAGACGCAGAAGCUGGUGGAGCUAGUGGAAGGCGAGAAGGUGGCCGUGAGCAGCGGGGACAGCGGCGACGAGUACACAGAGAGCGAGGCGAAGCCCCUCAGUGAGGCUUUCACCUACAAGCUCCUCUUCUUCCCCAGCGCAAAGACCCCCACACACACCUCAGGGAAAAUCGUCUAUGUGACCACCGCCAUCAUCUCCGUCCUUAUCACCAUCUUGUGCAUCAUCCUUGCCAACUCUUUGCCGAAGCUGCUGGCCGGCCACGGUGUCGUGGUGGCACCUUGUAUUAUUUUGGCUCUGCUGUGCGCCAGCUGCCUUAUCGUCAUCUGCAGGCAGCCUGAGAGCAAGGAGGCUCUGACCUUCAAGGUUCCUCUGCUUCCUUGGUUGCCUCUCUUCAGCGUCUUCGUCAACAUCUACCUCAUGAUGCAGCUGGACAACAGCACGUGGUGUCGCUUCACCGUCUGGAUGGUCAUUGGUUUCGCCAUCUACUUCUUCUACGGCAUGACGAACAGCAGCGCUAACCGCUCAUCCCCGCGCAAGUACGCACCGGCGCUGCAGUCCAAGAGCCCGAUUUACAAGGGCACCCCCGACGACAGUGAUGUGGAGGGGGCCAACAGCCCCUGAUAGCCGCUCACGUGGUCCCGGAGACAGGGGGAGAGUGGGUGAGGCGGUUUGGUGGGAGCACGCCGACUUUGCAACGCUGCUCGAAAGGGAGAUGAGGCCACACAUCUUUUACCUCUUUUGACAUGUAGGCUGGUAAUAACUUGAUGCUUGGGACACUGUGGCGCAUCUUCUCUUUUUUUGUUGUAGUCUGUGCGUGUAGUUAGCAUCGUAGCCCGCCCUCGCCACGCGAGCAGUCGUCACAUGGCUCUUUUUGUGAUCUUAACGUGAUCCUCCACCUUCCUCGUCUCCGUUAGUGGGGAUGUCGACUAGAGCUUGUGACGCUGCACAGGGAAACAUCAACUUCCUGUCUGCGUCCACUGGAUUGAUUGCACCAGCCUGUUGCUUUGUGUCUGCUGUUUAUGUGUGCGUGUGUGUUUGUAAACAGGGUAGUGCCGAAGCUAAACGGGCUUCACGUCUUUGUCAUGGACUCAAAUGCUGGAAGGUCAAUAAUGGCACACUAUCCAUGUUGAUGUCACUUACACGACACCUCACAAGUUGCUCUUAUUAACUUUUGAAUUGUUGAAUUUUUCCAUAACAAACCUCUUACCCUCACACACUUGUCAACACUAACACUCGUUACAACCAAACUUCAACUUCUCGUUGACAGUGUGCAGUGGACUCUCUGAAGUUGUGACUUCGAUUGACUUUCAGUUUUAAGUUCUAACAUCAAAUCAGUUGUUACCGACAACAAAAAUUUCACUUUCAAUUCUCACUCGCUUUCAGUGUACGGUGGAACUUCCAAAGUUGUGACGCUGGAUGACUUUCAAGUUUUAAUUGUUACCAACAACAAAAUUUUAACUUUGCAUCGACUUUCAGUGUCCAGUGGAACCGCUGAAGUUCUGACGCCGGUUGCCUUUGAAAUUGUUCUAACGUCAAAUCGAGUAUCCACAACAAAACUUGAACUUCUCGUUGAAGUUGUGACAUAAGUUGACUUUCAAGUUUCAGUGGAGCCUCCGAAGUUGUGAUGUUGGUUCAUUUCUGGUUAAUACUUUCUAAUGGCACGCAAAUUUAUUUGCUCUGGGCUCACGAGUGCACAAGUGUAAAAAAAUAAAUGAUUAAAAAAAAAAAAGUCCAAUUUACCCUAAGAUGCCUGACAAGACACGUAAUGUGAGGGAAUGGGAAUUUUAUUGGUAUUGCUGUAUUAAGAACUGUACAAUGAAUUAUAGAUGUAAUUGAUAUUUCAUGAAUUGUGGUAAUCAACGUUUUCCCUCUUUGCCAUCAUUGGUACCCUUCUGUGGUGGCUUUUGUGUCCCCAAAAGCCAAAGAAAAAGCAAAACCUCACCUGAAGUCUCGGUCAAUAGACUUGGGAGGUUCCACUGUGGUUGUCACAUUUUUUUUUUUUCUACAAAACGCAUCGUUCCUCCACACUAAAUGAAGUCCAUGCAGGUGAGAGGGGCACUCGAUGUGCUCAUUGAUUAAUCGAUGAUGUGUACAGGCUGCCAUUUCUAAAGAUAGCACUUCUUGACUUAUUAGCGUGGGAGACGUUUUGUUGUCAUCCACGUUUUAGUUUCAAUUGAAACUUGGCAGCUUUGUCUGUUAAGAUGAGGUCUCCUAUCUGCAGUAGAGCUGUCCUUAUUUAAAUGUGUACAUUAGUGGUGUUUGCGAUGAUUGGCUUGAAAUUCAUUCUUUCUCAAUCACUUGAUAGCGAUGUGUUUUUUACACUAGGGGUGGGCCUGCCAUGCAUUAGUAAACCAUUGAGAAAUCCACAAAAUGGACUCAAAUAUGUAACAGCAAGCACAAGUUGUAAUAUUGGGAAAGAGAAAGUACUUUUACGAGCAAGUUAGAAUGUUAGGAGUCAAUUCGUAACAUUACCGGAGAAAAGUUUUAAUUGUAUGAGGAAAAUAGAGUCACAAAGUUGCAAGAAUAAUGUCAUUUUAUGUGCAGAUUUUUAUUUAAAAUUUUUUUUUUGUAGGGGGGCAUUUUCUCUAAUACUGGUAAUAUUACUAGGGGAAAAUAAUACUUGGAGAGGAACAGAGUUAUAUUUUUUUGGUGUAACUUCAACAUGUACUCAUGUUACAUCUUUAGUCUCAUUAAAUUAAAACAAUCUUGUAAUAUUAAGACUUAUUUUGUCCUAAAAUUGCAGCUUUUUCUCGUAAUAUUACAUCAUUGUUAUUCUUGUACUUGAUUCUCAUCAGAUUAGUACUUUUUGGGGUACCUUUACACCUUUAUUAUAAAAUAAUAUGAAGAUAUUAUAAGAUUACGACUUAUUGUUGAAUUUUUUUAAUAUAACUUUUAGUACAACAAUUCUUGUAAAACGGACUUUUUUCACACGUUUUUUGGUGUUAUUAACUUAUGACUGGUAAUAUUACUUAGAAUAUGACUGUGACAUUAAGACAUUCUGAUAUGACUUCAUGCUUGUAAAAUUAAGAUUUUUUUUUCCUGAUAGGACUUUAUUCUUGUAAUGCUAUGACUUUAUUCCUGAUGUAAUUAUGACUUAUCUCAUAUUUAAAACAUGACUGACUCAGAAUUUGGGUAAUUGUCAUUACCUUUUCUGUUGCUAACUUUUUUUGUGUUCAAUCGUUUGUUGUUAUGGUAAAAAAAUGCUGGUAAAUAUUCUGGGCCUGUUCUCAUAAAAUUGAGGUUUUUCCCCCCCCCCCUUCAUAACACAUUUUUUCCCAUAAAAUUGCAAUUUUCUACUGGUAAAUUUAAACAUUUUAUGUGAUCGUUGCAUCAUACAUCAUGAAGGUAGGCCUUCAUAAGUAAAACUUCCCCUGAUAGUAACAAGUUUGCCCAUCCCUGCUGUUUUAGACAGUGAUGUAUUUUAGCAUGUACAGAUUUUAGCGACAUUUUUUGUUGUUGAUGUUUUGUUCUGUUUUGCAAAUGAGGUAAUCGUCCUUUCUGACCAAAAUGAACUACUUCUGAUCACCUUCUGAAAUAAAGAAUGACCCCUAAGAGUUAAUCUAUAAUGUCAUGCCAUUUUGAAAGUGUCCCCAAUGUAUAAUUUAUGUGCUUUACUGUAUAUUGUACAGUAUUUGUGUAAAAGUGUAUUUGUAAAAUUCUGUAAAUUAGAAUCCCAACCCAUCCACCAUGAGUAAACUUGAUGCUGCUGAAUUAAUGUGGAGGACAAAAAUGUUUUAUGUUUUUGUUCGAUGUGAAUCAAUAAGCAGUGCCUCAAAAGAAUCAUCAUCUCUUGGGCGGGAAAGCACCAAGGCUGGUUGGGAAUUUUUUUAAAGAAAAAAAAUUGUAAAUCAUAUAACAAGGUGUAUGAGCCCGCUUAUCAUAACGUUACAUCCAGCCCUUGUGCCUUUUAAAAGAAUCCCUCUUUAUCGAAGCUUUGAUAUCAAUAGCGAUGUUUUAUUUUUUUUUUGUCUUUUGUUUUAUAAUGUGUACAUAUAGCUGUCAUGUAUAAAUAAACCAGGCUGUACUUCUUUUUUUAAUAAAAGAAAUGAAUGAA